UGUAUUUAACGUUUACUUUAAGGGUUAAUGGUGUUGCCAGUUACCGGGGUGAAAGUUCAGCUCUCCUGCAUGGUGGAGUCUCAUAUACGACAUCAUAUCGACACUUUAAUGGCGUUUUUAAUAUAAAAGAGAGUUCAAAAUCCACCGAAAAACCAAAGACAGCCUUCGCUGAGAUUCCCAAACCCUGCUCCGGCGUGACAAUGUUCCUGUGCACAAAGCACCAGAGCUACAUGGUGUGGACGUGAAGGUCGAAGUGAGACAACUCGAGUGUCCUGCAUAGAGGAGUCCAACAUCAGUCUGAUCUCACUAAUAUUCUGGUUCUUCUUCAGCUCAGGAUGCACUCGGACCUUUCUCCACAUCUGCACACGGAUGAGUGCAACGAAAUGAUUUCGCUGCUCAAAAAGUGUCACAAAGAGCACAAUGUCCUGCGCUUCUUUGGAACGUGUAACGAUGUGGAUCGAUCCAUGAGGCAGUGUCUUAGGAAAGAGUAUCAUGCAAAGCGAGAGCGCAGCAAAGCUCACGCUGAGGAGAUGAGACAGCGGCUCAAGGAAGGACCUAAAGCUCACCCCUGAGGUGGAAAUGAAUAAAAUAGAAAAAGGA